AGUGGAGAUGGCGGCGGCGGCGGCGGCGGCGGCGGCUCCGGGGGGCGGGGGCGGGGAGCCCCGGGGAGCCGACGGGGUCGGCCCGGGGGUCCCGGGGGAAGUGGAGGUGGUGAAGGGGCAGCCGUUCGACGUGGGCCCGCGCUACACGCAGCUGCAGUACAUCGGCGAGGGGGCGUACGGCAUGGUCAGCUCCGCUUAUGACCACGUGCGAAAGACCCGGGUGGCCAUCAAGAAGAUCAGUCCCUUUGAGCAUCAGACCUACUGCCAGCGCACACUCCGGGAGAUCCAGAUCCUGCUGCGCUUCCGCCAUGAGAAUGUCAUAGGCAUCCGAGACAUUCUCCGGGCACCUACACUGGAAGCCAUGAGGGAUGUCUACAUUGUACAGGACCUGAUGGAGACAGAUCUAUACAAGUUGCUCAAAAGCCAGCAGCUGAGCAACGAUCACAUCUGCUACUUCCUGUACCAGAUCCUGCGUGGCCUCAAGUAUAUCCACUCAGCCAACGUGCUGCACCGAGACCUGAAGCCCUCCAACCUGCUCAUCAACACCACCUGCGACCUUAAGAUAUGCGAUUUCGGCCUGGCCCGCAUUGCAGAUCCUGAGCACGACCACACAGGCUUUCUGACGGAGUAUGUGGCCACACGCUGGUACCGGGCCCCCGAGAUCAUGCUUAACUCCAAGGGCUAUACCAAGUCCAUCGACAUCUGGUCUGUGGGCUGCAUUCUGGCUGAAAUGCUCUCCAACCGGCCCAUCUUCCCUGGCAAGCACUACCUGGACCAGCUCAACCACAUUCUGGGGAUUCUGGGCUCCCCUUCCCAGGAAGACCUGAAUUGCAUCAUCAACAUGAAAGCCCGAAACUACCUACAGUCUCUGCCGUCCAAGACCAAGGUGGCUUGGGCCAAGCUCUUUCCCAAGUCGGACUCUAAAGCUCUUGACCUGCUGGACCGGAUGUUAACCUUCAAUCCCAACAAGCGGAUCACAGUGGAGGAAGCACUGGCCCACCCCUACCUGGAGCAGUACUACGAUCCCACAGAUGAGCCAGUGGCUGAGGAGCCCUUCACUUUUGACAUGGAGCUGGAUGAUCUACCCAAGGAGCGGCUGAAGGAGCUCAUCUUCCAGGAGACAGCCCGCUUCCAGCCAGGGGGCCCAGAUGCCCCCUAACCCCGUCAGAAAUGCCUGUUCCUCAGGGUCUGCUGGGGCCUGAUGGGAAGGAGGUGGAUGCACCUGGAUGAACCCUUCACCACCACCACUUAGUACAGGCUGCCUGAGACUGCACACACCUCACCACUGUCCUUCAGUUUCCAGAGCAAGUGCCGCCAGCUGUGUUCCCUCAGAGCAGGGCUUGCGAUGGCUGCUGCUGCUGUUGCCAUCCACAGAGAUGCUCCUCCAAGGAGGGAGGGUGGCCCCGGGUCAGGGCUCUGUGGAUCCUGACAGCUCUCUCCUGCCUGCUUCUUCCAUCAGGCCUUGUCACCUGCCCACCCUCCCUGCUGGACUGUUAGAAAACGGACACUGUGCUCAGCCCAGACCCCAGCAGCUCGGCCAGGCCAAAGGUGGGCCUGUCCACCUUCUCACCCUUUGCUGGGGUCUCCUGCUUGAAGCAGGCUAAGGUUCCCUUCUGCCCCAUCCCUUUCUCUUUUCACCGAGGGCCUGAGAGGCUCGAGGCUCCUGAGCAAAUACCUACCCAGGCUAGCCCAAGGCUAGACCACUCUGCAGUGCAAGGGCUGUGGCUACCCCAGGAUGGAGUACCCAGGGGCUGGGGUGCUGAGUAGGAACUCAGGACAAGCCCUCCCCACUCACCCCAUUAGAACCCCACCCUGUUUCCCCUGUGGGACCAUUCCCAAGUCUCAAGGGCUAGUAUCCUGAGGAGCUGGGCCCAGGCCUUCCCCUCCCCCUCCCUGCCCCCCCAAAAGCUGCCACAUUUAACGCCUCGCUGCUUCUGUGUGUGGGUGAGAGAAGCGGACUGAUGUGGGCUCCCGCUGGGGCCCUCCCCGCCCCCGCUCCCCGUGCCUGUAUCUAAUAUAUAAAUACAGAGAUGUGUAUAUGGA